AUGCAAUCCGUGCUUCCGUACACGCUGAACCCGCAGCGCAUGACGGGAUGUGAGAAGGUAAAAGUUUUGAACCCCCACACUGCCGCAUUGACAGGCCCAAUGAUAACGGUCCGUGAACCGAAUCUCGUUAGUGGGGGGCUGUUGCACAAUUGGGACGCCAACGCCGCAGCCGCCCACCUCUCAACACUCAAGACGGUGCAUACAUGGGACCUCUCAUGGACAGAGAAGGAGGCCUACUGGGAGAAGAAUGUUGGGCGAUGCACUGGCCCAGAAGAGGUGGAGGACCUGCUUCCCGCAAAGUGGAUUGGCUACAACGUGAGCAGUGACGUGGACGAGACACUGGCGCUGGUUUGUAAGCUCUGCACAGCGCUUGUAGACAAAUUUGUCUCUCUCUCGCGUGGAGAUAAUGCCAACAUCUCCACCGCAAAGUGGCGUCAACGUCAGAUGCUUUAUGACCAACUGGGGGCCGUCAUUGAAUUAUUGGAGGCCUCCAUUGGGGAGGCGAUUCCCAUUUUGCGUCUCCGUGACCCGGAGUUUGUGCGGGACUGCUGGCGGCAGCUGCAGGACGAGGAUAGGAUGGAUAUCGUGUCUGCGCUUAACGCCUCCGAAAAGAGGGAGGUUCCUCGUCACUGA